GUGUCGCAGGGUGGAGGCUGUUGAGCGGGGUUUGCUGGGUCGCUGCGGUACGCAAUUUGCGUAUCGUUGGCGGUGCCAAGGGGGGAGCGGGGGGGGACGGACGCCUCCGGGCCCCGAGGGGCCUCGGGGGCCCCCUGUUGUCCCCGGCCCCGGGGGUGAGCAGGCCUGGGGAGGCCCUGCCGCCCUUCGGCCCUGCCCAGCCUCCCCCAGGGCCCCCUGGGCCCGGCCAGGCCCCCCUGGCCUGCAGGUGUCCCCUAGUGCCCCCUCCUCGGUGCCCCUUCAUGGCCAUGGCGUCGCCCCCGGCGCCCCCAGCCAAGAAGCGGAAGAUGAACUUCUCGGAGCGGGAGGUGGAGAUCAUCGUGGAGGAGCUAGAGCGAGGCAAGCACCUCCUCAUCAACCACUUCAACGCGGGCGUGCCCCUGGCCGCCAAAGCCGCCGCCUGGCAUGACAUCCUGCGCCGCGUCAAUGCCGUUGCCACCUGCCACCGUGAGCUGCCCGAGGUCAAGAAGAAAUGGUCCGACCUCAAGACCGAGGUGCGACGCAAAGUGGCCCAAGUCCGGGCUGCCAUGGAAGGGGGAGGCGAGAGUCAGAACGGCAACGGCAACGGGCCAGAGAGCGAAGACCCAACGGGCGCUGCAACCACCCCGGUUAUCCUCACCCCAAUGCAGCAACGCAUCUGCAACCUGCUGGGAGAAGCCACCAUCAUCAGUUUGCCAAGUGGGGACUGCAGCGCAGGUGACGGUACCGAGAUACCCAUCACCGCGUCAGCCACCACGGUCACCCUGACCCAGAUUCCUGCAGAGACAACCUACCACAGUCUGGAGGAUGGAGUUGUAGAGUACUGCACAACAGAAGCCCCCACCACCGUCACGGCUGAAGCACCCUUGGAGAUGAUGGCGCAUCAACACGAAGUGUCUGCGAAACCCCAGGAGCUGAAAAGCCGAAUUGCUCUGAACUCAGCCAAGCUCUUGCAGGAGCAGCGAGUGACCAACUUGCAUGUGAAGGAGAUCGCCCAGCACCUGGAGCAGCAGAAUGACUUGCUUCAGAUGAUUCGGCGCUCCCAGGAGGUGCAGGCAUGUGCCCAGGAGCGACAGGCACAAGCCAUGGAAGGAACACAGGCGGCACUGAGUGCCCUCAUCCAGGUCCUCCGCCCCAUGAUUAAGGACUUCCGUCGAUUUUUGCAGAGCAAUACACCCAGUCCGUCGGUCACCACUGACCCCAGCCAGGCAGGGCAGCAAGAUGGCAUGAUCCAGUGAAAGAAACGGUAGUGGAAUGUCUUUCUUGGAAAAAACCUGCCCGUGCUGCCAGCGGACACAGGAGUGAGGGGGCUAGCUCUUGUCAGUGUGAAAUGGCUGCCUUGGAGUCUUGCUGAGCCUGAACAGCUUGCUUUCUUGGCUAAUCUUAUGCUAAUCUGCCUUUUCAGAAUCGUCAUACAGAGCCAUAGCAGGAUGUGUAAUAAACCAGGAACUUAACAUCGGUUGCUUUAGUCCCUCAAACAAUAGUUUUAUUAAAAAAAACAGUUAUUUUUUUAUUUAUGUUUGGAGAAAUCUCUCCUAAGUAUGACACCCCUCUCUUUCUUUCUCUCUCUCAAGAUGUAUAGACUUUAACUGACUUCUAACAUGAAGAGUCUUCUUGUGAUAUCACAGUGCUGCAGCUGCCAAGCUACAGUUAUCACAAACUGUAGUGCACAGCAGUGAACGCAUUUCUGACUCUUGCUGAAAGCAUUUACUGGAAACAUGGUACUGGAUGUGGUACAAUCUUCUCUCUGCACCGAGAGUUAUAGAUACUGCUCUUGCAGCAUGACAUCCAGCCCAUGCAGACCAGCACCAAACCUACAUGCAGUUUAAAUCUCACCCAGAUCCCCUGAGGGGAUAAAUGGAAUUGAAAUAGUUCAUUCACCUCAUGUUGUAUCUGCGUGCAGUCAUGAAAUUUAACUAUAAACUUGGCAGAUGUGAUGAAAAUUUUAUGUCUUGGUUAUCAGAUACUGUCCUGGGACACGUAUUGGAAGCAAUGUAUUACCUGUCUCAGUUAAUGCACAAGGGCCUGGAUGAGUUUCACUCAGUGGGUGUAGCGGGUGAAAUCUAUCUCCGUCUUCUCUACAUAGUUUGUCACCUCCAUAACACCUUCACCCAUCAAAGUGGACCUGGACUGCAGAGCUUCAGCCAUGCAGCAAUUCCCAACAUUUAGGAGUUUGUCAGCCACUGAUUUAAUUGAGUGAAUUUUGGAGCAUCACUCGGUUCUGCUGGUGGCAGUGGUAUUGGUUCUGUACUUGAGAGGAGCUGGAGGUGAGUACAGCUGUUCUCUAUUAGUCUAUCUUCCAGUGGCAUUCUCUGAAACGGGUCUGAGGUUCACCUCGCUAUUUUCUUACCAUUAUACAGGGCGAAACAACGUUUGCAGCCACUUUUAUGUGAGGUGUUCAGGCUGUGGGGCUUGGUCCUCAACGGGAAAGCUUAAUUUCACAGGACGGUGAACAUGAUUCUCACAAACUUGCAGUAACUUAAACUUUUAGACUAAAAGCUCCACUUGUACAUGCAUGGAAACAAACU